AUGAAAUUGAAACCAUUAGAGUUAGAUAUCGUGUCGCCAGUAUCAUUAUCAAAACUAAAAUUCGAUAGUAUUAUAAUCUUGUUUAAAUUUUCAAAAAUAGAUACAAUGAGUACAACGAAGAAAAUGCCUAUUUUUGUUUUACAACCUAAUUCGAUACAUGCUCAAUGGCAAGGAGAAAAAUUGAAUAGUGUCUUUCAAUUACUUGAAUCAAGUAAUUUUCAUCCACAUAUGAUUAAUGAAGAAACAAUGAUGAAUAUGAAAGAUUUAAAAGGAAAAAUGUUUGUUAUCGAACCAUUUUCCGGUCAAUUAUUUCAAUAUUUAAAACUUAAUAAAGCUUGGGUACUUGGCCCACAGUUAAUUACAACUUGUGUUGAUCAUAAUAUUACGAUUCCAUGUAGUUCCUAUCCUCUUUAUUCGCUUGCCAUGCAAUCAUUAACUAUUUGUUGUACGAAUCUUCCAAAUGUUGAUCGUGAGAAAAUUCGUCGAUCUAUUGCUUACAUGGGUGGUAAAUUUCAAACAAAUCUGAAUGCCAAUGUCACUCAUUUGGUAUGUGGAGCUUGUGCAGCAUCAGAAAAAUAUUUUGUUGCUGUUGAAAACGGAAUUCAAGUUAUGAUGCCCGAAUGGGUUCCAAGUGUAUUUACACUUUCAGGACAAAAAACAGUAAAAGGGACCGAUUCAACAUUCGAUCGUUUUAAAUGCCCAUUAUUUUAUAAAUUUAUUAUUUCACUAUCAGGUUUUGUUGAAAGAGAUCGUAAUACACUUAAGCAAUAUGUUGAACGUGAAGGUGCAACAUAUUCACCAAAUUUAAUUAAAGAUAAAUGUACUCAUCUGAUUUGUAAAGAACCAAACGGUUCAAAAUUUGAACAUGCUGUUAAAUGGCGUAUUCCAGUACUUAAACCUGAAUGGAUUUUUGAAAGUAGUGAAAAAGGUUCAUGUCUUCGUUUAACGAAUUUCUUAUGGCCAGCGCCAAGUAUUGUUUCAAUUAAUAGCAAAGAGAAUGAAAAACCUGUAUCUAUUGAUACGAUUGAUUCAUCAGCAAAAAUUGUAGCAGUUGAUCAACGACGUAAAUCGACAUCAUUUUUAACAAUCGAAGAAAUGAAUGAUCUUGAAGAACGUUUUGAUAAAUGGAUGAAUAAUCGAUCGAAAAAGAUAAUCGAUGAUUUCUUUGAUGGUUUAAAGAUAUACUUAGGGCAGUUUUCUUCAACAUUACGUAUGCGUAUACAAAAAAUUCUUGAUGGUGGAUGUGCUGUUCGAUUCGAUACACUUAAUCCAUCAGUAACACACAUUAUUCGAGGUAGUGAACCUGCAUCAAACUAUAUUCAACUAGCUAGUAUUGCUCCAAAUGCUCAUGUUGUUAAUCCACAAUGGUUAUUGGAUUGUUGUGAAAGAAAUGAACUUCUACCUGAAAUUGAUUAUUUGGUCGCGUCGGAUCGAGAUGAAAAACAAGAUUCUAAUUCCAACCUAACCGAAGAUAAAAAGAAAAAUAGUAAUUCUAAUUUAUCAAUGUCAUCAUCAGCAUCACUAAUGCGUCAACCAACUGGCAGUUUUAAUGUAGAUCAAACAGUGCUCCAGGAUGAUACUCCUCGUGUUCGUCGGACGCCCGCAUCGGGCACAUCAACACCUUCGAUUAUUCCUGAAUAUGCUCUUUCACCAUUUUCGUUACUUAAACGUUAUUCGAAUGUUCCACGUCCACCUAUUUUCGAACAAACAUUAACUGAUACACAAAUUGAUAGAAUUAGCGAACAGUUGCCGCCAACAGAAUCUCAAAUGAAUGUUGAUAGAUUAAUGUCUGAUAUUGAUAUUUUAAUGCCAACUUUACUUAAUCAAAAACCAUCAGCAUCGUCAUUAUCAUCAUUAUCAUCGAAUAUUGUUUCUACAGGAUCAUCAUCUAGAAUGAAUAUGAUGCCUUCACGUUCAUUUUUUCUUAGCCAUCAAGCCAAGCUAACUGUCGAUGAAGAUUCAACAUCUGAUGUUAAAGUAUCAUGGAUUGAUGAUUCAACAGAACAGGAACGUCUUCGACAAUAUCAAUUACAUAAUCUAGACGAAAUGACACAAUCUGAUGAUGCAUAUUAA